AUGCAGGAAUCUUUUAGCCUUUGGACUGACCUGGCAUUUGGUAUUCAUGAAGCCCUUGAAAAAGAGAACCAAAUUCGUAGUGAAUACUCCAAUGGCUCCGAUAUAUUGUAUUCUCUUGAAGAUCUACAAUUGGGAGCUAAAGGGGAUCUAAAGAGGCUUAGUCAUGGUCGUCGGUUUGAGCUUGCACUGGGUGUACAUGGGGACUCCCAGUUUGGUUAUAGAGCUGUACUUCUUGAUGCCCGAGAAGACUGUGGUCCAUUCAUUUAUAACUGUGGGGUGUUUAUUGUGCCAAAGACUCGGGCUCAUGAAUGGCUCUUCUCUUCAGAAGAAGGACAAUGGAUGGUAGUUGAAAGCUCAAAGGCUGCACGUCUUAUUAUGGUCUUAUUGGACACUAGCCAUGCUAAUGCCAGCAUGGAUGAUAUCCAGAAGGACUUAUCUCCUCUAGUAAAACAGUUGGCACCUGGGAAUGAAAGUGGAGCCCAAAUACCGUUUAUGAUGGCAAGUGAUGGGAUCAAGCAGCGGAAUAUUGUUCAUCAGGUCUCAUCUUCAUUAACAGGAUCGAUAAUUGUUGAAGAUGUAGUUUAUGAAAAUGUUGAUGCUGAUAUCAGUCGCUUAUGGCCAUCCGAAGAUUUGAAAUUCCGUCGCCUUGUCUUCCAAAGAACUCAGGGUCUGGUACAAUCAGAAGCUUUGCUGAUGAAGGAUGUAUCUUCUCAUAAAAUUGUGAGUGAAACAGAUAGGAAGAAAGCUGUUUCAUCUUCCAAAUCCAAGCGAAGGGGAUUUCAAAGACAGAAUGAUGAUUCAGGCAAC